AUGUUCGUAAGUCACUCUAUAUCACUAAUAAUUUCUGUGUGUCUCGUAAAUGUCAUAGAAGGAAAUGUGAUCGUGGAAACUAAAAGUGGAAAAAUAGAGGGGAAAGAAGUCAAAUCUAUCCUACCCGGUGAGAAAUAUGUAUCAUUUUUGGGCAUACCAUUUGCGGAACCACCAGUUGGUGCGCUUAGGUUCAAGCCUCCCAUACCGCAUGCUAGUUGGAGCCACGUGCUAGAAGCUAAGAAAGAAAAAAAGCCAUGCGCCCAAUUUAACUUACCAUCGCGCCCCGUAAAGGAGUAUGGGUUUUGUGGAGAUGAAGAUUGUCUCUAUUUGAGCAUUCACACGCCAAAAAUUCCAGUUGAUGAAGAGUUAAAACUGCCUGUAAUCGUUUUCUUUCAAAAUGAAAACUAUAAAAUGUCGUUUAACGGUUCAAAAGAUUAUAGUCCUGAUUUCUUUAUGAAGGAAAAUGUAAUCAUAGUGAUGCUAAACCAUCGACUCGGAGCUUUUGGUUUCUUAGCAUUUAACGAUACAACCUUACCUGGAAACAAUGGUAUCAGGGACGUUAUUUUAGCUUUAAAGUGGUUACAAGAUAACAUCGAAUAUUUUGGAGGAGAUCAAAAAAGAGUCACAUUAAUGGGUAAUCAAGGCGGAGCGAACAUCGUUGAUAUAUUACUUCGAUCACCAAAAGCUAAGGGAUUAUUUAAUGCUGUAAUAAUGCAAAGUGGUACGUCCUGGAGCCCUUUGUCAUUUGGGAAAGAUCCUCAAGAAAAAGCAAUCUCUUUAACUGAACAACUGGAGGAUAAGGCCACUAAUAGCAGAGCUGUAAUCGAAAGACUGUCUCAUGUGCCAGCAGAGAAAAUUGCUUCACAUGAAUUAUACUGCCUACAUCCAGAUGAGUCAAGAGAACACCAGAGAGGAGUACUCCCAUUUGCACCGGUCAUUGAACCUGACCAUCCCGAUGCAAUAAUCACAAUGUUUCCCGAAGAAAAUAACGAAGCCAUCAAUAUCCCAAUUAUGAUAGGUUUCAAUUCUCGGGAAUCUAUAGAAUCUUCUGGACGUUUACUGGAAAAACCACACCUGCUCACAUACGCAGACAAAGAUUUUAUUUUCCUCUUUCCAACGCGAUCUGGGUAUCGCUUUCAAAUUCACGAUAAAAUAUAUUAUGAUGCACUUGAAGAAAUAAAAAAAAAGUACUUUGAUGAAGGAUAUGUCAAAACAGGCAAACCCAGAGAAUAUUUAACAUAUAUAAAUGACUUAUUUACAUUUUACCCCAUAGACUACACGGUUCGUUCUUAUGUUAAUAUAUCCAUUGCUCCAAUAUAUUAUUACAUGUUCGAUUUUAGUGGAGAAUUGAACUAUAGAAAGAAAUUAACGUUAAAUGGAGCAGUGACUCUUGAUGGCACUUGGGGAGCAACUAUAGGCGAUGAAUUAUGCCAUUUAUUUAUUUGUAAUCCAAUCAAAAAGACUUAUAAAAAGUUGCUCGAUGACGAAGACUCGGAAGAGAUAAAAGUAUUACAACGAAUGGUCAAUUUAUAUGCUAACUUUGCUAGGAGUGGAAAUCCAACACCAGACGGAGACUUUAUAUGGAAACCAGUAACGAAAAAUAGUAAAGAUAUUUUGGUAAUAAGUGAUGAAAUGAGAAUGAUCACCAACCUUUAUGAAGACAAAGUUAACUUUUGGGAUAACUUCAUUGCAAAGUACAAAGACAUGGCUGUUGAUGGUGUUGUUAAAGAUGAUGUUAAGGAUGAAUUAUAA